AUGGUAAAAUCUUGUUUUUUGUGCAACACAAUGUUGAUGUUGAAUGUUCUGUUGGAUACUAAACAAUCUAUUACUGUAAAGCUACAGUUUCAUGAUUUCAAUAGAGAUAUGGUGGUUACAAUGGUGUAUGCUAAAUGUUCAGAUGUGGAGAGAAUGCAGUUGUGGGAUAGUUUAUACGUCUUGGCUAUUAAUAUGACAUAUCCUUGGCUGGUUGGUGGAGAUUUCAUUGUUAUAUUGAAUGAAGAAAAAAAAAUAGGAGGUUUACCAGUAUUGCCACAAGAAUUUGAAGAUUUUGCUUUUUGUCUGAAUUCCUGUGAGUUGCAUGGGAUGCCUUUCAAAGGGAGUCCUUUCACCUGGAUUGUGCAUAAUGAUACAUUUCAGAAUUGGUUUGGACACCUAGAAGUGGAACAUUUGUCAAAGACUGGUUCUGAUCAUGCACCAUUACUUGUAUCUUGUGGAGAUCAAGUGGAAAUUUUUAUCAAACCAUUCAUAUUUCUCAAAUUCUGGGUGGAACAUGAUACUUUUCUUGAUUUUGUUAAGCAACAAUGGGAAACAGUCUUAACUGAUGAUGUGUUUCUGUCAUUUAAACUCAAGAUGAAGAAACUGAAAGUUGGUUUAAGUACAUGGAGUAAGACUACUUUUGGGGACAUUUUUAAACAACUAGUAAUCAAAGAGGAUAUAGUUAAGAUUAAAGAGCAGUUGUUUCAGGAGAAUCCAUCUGAAGAAAAUAGAAUGGUCAUGCAAAGAGCACAAGCAGAACUUAAACUGUAUCUUCACUAUGAGGAGGAAUUCUGGAGGCAAAAAGCUAGGAUGGACUGUUUCUCUGAAGGUGAUAAGAAUACAAGAUAUUUCCAUAGUCUGGUAAAAGGAAGAAGGAAAAUAAUCCAGAUUAAGAGGAUUAAAGAUGAUACUGGAAAUUGGCUAGGGGAUGCUGAUAGUGUUGCUGCUGAAGCUGUUAAUUUUUUCCAUAAGCAAUUUACUCAUGAGGAGAAGGCAGUAUUUGAACUAAAUGGGGACAGUACCUGUGGUGCUGAUGCAUUUUCUGGUAUAUUUUAUCAGAAGUGUUGGGAGGUGAUCAAGGCUGUUGUAUUUAGUGUUGUUAAAGCUUUCUUUGAAGGACCGACUCUUCCCAAGUCAAUCACUCACACUAAUCUAGUUUUGCUGCCAAAGAAGAAUGUUGUUGAGGCAUUCUAUGAUAUGAGACCUAUAAGUCUUAGAAACUUUAUCAAUAAGGUCAUAUCAAGAGUAGUUCAUGACAAACUAGACAACAAAGUAUCAGAUGAGUUAAGUCAGCAGGUUGCAGCAGUAACAGGAUUUGUGAGAGGACAAUUUCCUUUUACAUAUCUUGGAGUACCAAUUACUCAUGCCAGGAAAAGGAAUGUGGAUUAUACUGAAUUAUUGAAGAAAGUGAAAGACAAGUUACAAACUUGGAAAGGCAAGUUACUGUCUUAUGGAGGAAAAGCAGUGUUGAUCACAAGUGUCCUUCAAAGUAUCCCAAUUCAUGUUCUAUCUACUAUAAGGCCUCCUAAAUGUGUUAUAAAGGAACUACGCAGGAUCUUUGCCAGGAGGCUUGGGUUUCAGGUCUAUUUAUGA